GUCUCACACUGUCACCCAGGCUGGAGUACAGUAGCACAACCUCUGCUCACUGCAGCCUCCACCUGCCAGGCUCAAGCAAUUCUCCUGCCUCAGCCUCCCGAGUAGCUGGGAUUACAGGUAAGUGCCACCACACCCAGCUGAUUUUUGUGUUUUUUGUAGAGACGAGGUUUCGCCAUGUUUCCCAGACUGUUCUCAAACUCCUGAGCUCAAAGCAGUCCACCCACCUUGGCCUCCCAGAGUGCUGGGAUUACAGGAAGUGAGCUCACAAUGACUCAAGCUGCCACAUACUGUUGAUUGUGAAAUGCCAGUUGAAGCAUAUGUCCUGCGAGCUUAGGGGUGCUACAAAUUGACCACUGCAGCAGUAAAGAUGACUCUGAAGAAUGGCGUGGGAUGGAUCCUUUCCAAUGCACUUGAGCAGCGGUCUCCAACCACAGGGCCACAGAGCUGGAGCUGGAUCUACCAUGAAAGACUUGUGAAUCCAGGAAGAGAGACUGACUGGGCAACAUGUUAUUCAGGGUCUCUCUCUGUUGUCCAAGGCUGGAGUGUAGUAGCGCUAUCGCAGCUGACUGCAGCCUCAACCUUCCAGGCUGAAGCGAUCCUCCCACCUCAGCCUCCCACGUGGCUGAGACUACAGGUGCUUGCCACUAUGCCCAACUAAUAGUUGGAAUUUUCGUAUACGUGGAUUCCAGAGGGGUGACAGCGAAACGUGGGACCAUCCAGUUGCAGGAAAGCAAGCUUAACACGCCCACUGAUUCUACAUUAUGCUCCUACCUCCCGGCAGCCUCUCCAGGCCCAGAACUUUCUCCAGUCAGCCUCUACAGACCAAGCUCAUGACUCACAAUGGCCUAUUUAGGCCCAUACCCUACGUCACGGCAGUCUCCACAGAUGAGGCUACUGCCUCACAACAGCCUCCACAGGCACAGCUCCAUCGUUACAAUGGCCUCUUUAGACCCAGCUCCUGCCUCCCAGCCUUCUCUCCAGGCCCUGAGCUUUCUCAAGUCGACCUCACCAGGCCCAGCUCAUGCUUCUUUGCAGCCUCUCCAGGCCCAGCUCCUGCAUCUUGGUGGCCCCUCCAGGCCCAGCCUCUGCCUCCCGUCGGCCUCUACAGUCCCAACAUCUGCCUCACAGCAGAUUCUUCACGCCCAGCAUCUGCCUCACUGUGGACCCCCCAAGCCAAGCUCCCAACCUUUCAGCAGCUUCUACACACCCAGCUCCUGCCACCCAGUGGCCUCUUUAGGCCAAGCUCAUGCUUCACAAGGGCCUUUCCAGGCCCAACUUUUGUCUCAUGGCAACCUUCCCUGGCCAGAUUCCUGCCUGUCUCCCAGCAGCCUAGACAGGCCCAGGUCUUGCCUCACACUGGCCUCUCUACAUCGAGCUUAUGCCUCACGGUGGCCUCUCCAGGCCCAACUCCUGUCCCAGGACGUCAUCUCCGGGCCCAAAACUUACUCAAGUCAGACUUUCUAGUCCCAACUGCUGCCUCCUGGUGGCCUAUGAAGGCCCAAAAUCUCCUCAAGUUGACCUCUCCAGGCCCAGCUCCUGCCUGUUAGCGUCUACAGGCUCAACCUCUGCCUCAUGGGGGCUUCUCCAGGCCCACCUCUUCCUCUUGGCUGGGUCUACAGGCACAACUGCUGCCUCACAACAGCCUUUUUUGGCCCAGUUCCUGUCCAGCUCAUGGCGGCCAAUGUAGGCCCAAAACUUCCUCAAGUCAAACUCUCCAGGCCCACCUUCUGCUUCCCGGUGGCAUGAACAGGCCCAGCUUUGACUUGAGAACAGCCUCUGCAGUCCCUGCUCUUGCCUCCCAGGGGCUUUUUCCAGGCCCAGCUCUUGCCUCAUGGCAGCUGCCCCAGGCCAAAUUUCUGCCUGCCUGCCAGCAGCCUCAACAGGCACAGCUCCUCCCUCACAGUGGCCCAUUUAGGCCCAACUCAUGACUGUCGGGCCAUUUCCAGGCCUAGUGCCUGCCUCGUGGCUGACUCUUGAAGCCCGAAACUUCCUCAAAUCAGCCUUUUGCCCAACUUCUGUCUACUGUCGGACUCUACAGGCCAGCCUCUGCCUCACAGUGGACCC